AUGAAGCUCUCCGUCUUCUCCAUCCUAACCCUCGGUCUCACCGCCGGUGCCCUCGCCACCCCUGCCAACAUCCAGCGCGAUCUGCCCACCAUCACCGGGGUCCUAUCUGGCAUAGGCACUAAAGUUGACGCCCUCGACUCAGCCAUCCAGGCAUACACGGGUGGUGACGUGGCCAAGGUCCAACAAGCGUCCGACAGCCUUGUCGAUGCCAUCAAUGCCGGCACUACCAAGGUCAGCGGCUCCUCCAACCUCAGCGGCGGCGAUGCUCUCGGUCUCCCUGGCCCCGUGAACAACCUCAAGCAGAAGAUCACCACGGCCGUUACCCACCUAUCCGGCAAAAAGUCCCAGAUUGUUCAGGCCGGCAAGGGUGGUCAAACCUAUAAUGACUUGAUCCAGCAGAAGACGGCCGCGAAGAAGUUGUCUGAUACUAUUGUCUCCAAGGUUCCUGAGAACUUGCAGAACCUUGCCUCCGGGAUUGCUGGUGGUAUUUCCGAUGCUAUUGAGAAGGGUGUUCAGGACUUCCAGGACCAAGCUACGAAGGGUGGAAAGCGCGAAGUCGCGAGCGCUGAUGCUGUUGCUGCUAUUGCUGUCUAA